UCAAGAAUUGACUCACUCUCUGUUGAGUUUGAGACCCCUCUGGACGAUCCGAGCCAUUUCAAGAGUAAUUUAGAAGAUAUGAGUGAGCUUAAAAGUCCUAAAAGUCCACUUGAAGCCUUAGAUGAUGCACUGGACCUAGUUAUGCCUUCAGCUAGGUUUAGCAUUCCCAUUCCACCACCAAGGAAUAAACAAAAAUCAGGAGAUACCCAUUCGUCUUCUACUUGUCAGGCUGGUCCUGUCAUGAGUGAAGAGUACAGUGAUUACAGUGAGAUCUUUACACCCACAGAUCCUAGAGAUCGAUGGGAUGAACAUAUGGUAUCGGCAAUGUCAGGAAAUGAGUCGAUGUCUGCCUGUUCUUCAGUUAGAUCUGUAUCCGUCCGAUCAGCUCCGUCCUGCAGUGUUCCUGCUCCAGCUCCUGUUCCAUCUCCUCCUUCAGCUCCUGCUCCUCCUUUACACAAGGUUCCCUCCUGGGAAAACAGGAUAUACGAGGCCGCUACUAGCCAGAUUAUUCUGGGGGCUGAGAUGGAUUGUAGUAAUAAUAAUAUAGAUCAGCCUGUCCUUGCCACAUUCCAGGAUACACUCUCUGUUCCAGUAUUCGCAGCGAUCAAAGGGCGCGCAAGCCGAGUUCAGUCCUGGCCUGUAAAUGGUGAUGCUUCUGACAGCUCAGACGGAGAAGAGGGGAGACAGGGGGAUGAGGAGGAGGAAGGUAGGCAGGGAGACGGGGAGAAGGAGAAGGUUGGAGAAGGAAGAGAGAAUGAGGGAAGGAACAGAGAAAGCAGACUAAACUCAAGACACAUCAGAGAUAUCUCAAUAGAUUCUGAUCUAUCUGGUGACUAUGCUUUUCCACCUGACGAGCUGACCCUACCAACAAGAUCAUCUUUCCUUGAGAGCUCAAGGGUUGGGGAGAGAAGCUAUGAGAAGUGUGGUUAUCUAACUAAGCUGGGUGGAAAGUUUAAGUCCUGGCAGAAAAGAUAUUUCCAGCUAAAAGAUGGAAAUCUUGCCUACUGGAAAUCCCACCAUGACAUGGACCGUAAACCUCAAGGGGUUAUUUUACUAACGGAAACCUGUAGAGUACAGAGAGCAGAGGGUAGCACAACCUUCCAGGUUACACUUCAAGACAGGAUUCACUACCUUACAGCUGAUAGUCUAGUGGUAGCUGAAGAAUGGGUUUCACAGCUUCAAAAUGUUGUUCAAAUGAAUGCCCUGAGGAUUGUUUUGAGUAAAGAGAAUACAACCCCUACGCUACAAGGCUGGUUGAUUAAAGUUAAACAUGGACACUCCAGAAGAUGUUGGUGUGUACUGCUGGGGAAAAUGUUUGUUUACUUUAAGACCCCAACAGACCAGAACCCCCUGGGACAGAUUAACAUGAGAGACAGUAGAGUUGAGGAGGUUGAGCAUAUAUCGGAUUCUGAUAGUGAAACUGGAGAUGGUUUAGAGGAAUCCCAUCCUACUCUAGGAAUAUUUCCAAACCAUGUUCACCAGGGUCCAACCUACCUGAUAUUUCCUAAUAAGAGUGAGGAGGAAAAAUGGCUGUAUCAACUAACUGUUGUCUCAGGCGGAGAUCCUAAAGCAGGAACUCAAUUUGAACAGCUUAUUCAGAAACUAAUGGAAUCAGAGGGAGACACAGGGAAUGUAUUGUGGAAGCACCCAGUUAUGGUAUACAACAAGGAUCCCCUGUCCUCCCCCCUUACAACCCUUCCAACAGAUAUUCUUCAGGCUGAGGCCGUCAAACUAUUUAAGAGUGUAAACCUGUUUUGUAGUGUAGUUCUUGAUAGUUCUGGAAUAGAUUACCACGUUGUACUGGUUCAGAAUACAAUACAACAGUGCCUUCAGACCCCUCAACUUCAAGCUGAACUCUUUGCUAUACUUGCUAAACAGACUAGCAGACAUGCAGCAAAUAGACAUGGUGUUCAGAGUUUUCUACUGAACGCUACCAGUAUCUUCUCCUGUGAUUCAUCUGGAGGAGUGAGUAGUCCCCCAGACACAUCUCCUACAUCCUCACAGUUAUCUAAAUCCAACCCUCCAGAUACUACAUUCAUCCAGGCGUGGAUGUUGAUGGCUGUUGCUGUGAGUAUAUUUGUUCCCAGGAACAAUAGACUUCUCUGGUUCCUUAGAACUCAUCUUGCCAGGAACAAGGACUCUAAGUCUGAGACCGGCAAAUACGCAGCCUAUUGUUCCAAAGCCCUUGAGAGAUGUGUCAAUAAUGGAUCAAGGGUGGCCAAACCUUCCCGUCUCGAGGUGCUUAGUAUCCUACUGAAGAAUCCUCAUCAUCAUUCUCUACCACAUGCUGUACCCGUACAUUUACUUAAUGGAACAUAUCAGGUUGUUGGAUUCGAUGGUUCUACAACAAUUGAAGAGUUUGAAGCAACCCUGACAGAUCUGAUUAAUUGCCGGCCUGCUAAUCAAUCAGGGUUUAGUAUAUUCAGCGACGAUCCCUUGGAUCCUACCCUUCAUCAUUCACUCGCUAAACAAGAGAAGGUGUGCGAUGUGCUAAGUGGAUGGGAAACUGCUCUCAGGGAACGUGGCUCGGGAAAAUUUCAGAAUAAAAGGGCGAUUAAAUUCACGUUUAAAAACAGAUUAUACUGGAAGAAGGGAGUGCUGAAUGAGACAGAAAAAGAGAAACUUCUUUACUGUUAUCAGGUUUCAGAGCAGAUUGUUUCUGGAAAAUUUCCUGUUAACCAAGAACUGGCAUUUGAGCUUGCUGCACUUAUGGCACAGAUUGAAUUUGGGGAUGUAGACAAGCAGCAUGUUGGUGAAGUACUUAACCGGUUUUAUCCAGCUAGAUACAAUACUGAUAAACAACAGCACCAGACUCUUAUCAAUAGAUGGAGUCAGCUGAGCGGUAAAACCGGUUCUGAUUGUGUGCGCAUCCUGCUAACCUGCACCAGGAAAUGGCAGUUUUUUGGCGCCAAUCUGUUUCAAGUUCAGGAAGUUCCGGAGGGGAACCUACAAUGGUUAGCAGUAACUGAUGACGGAAUAGCAGUUCUGGACCCUGGUAGCCUGCAGGUUGUGUCUCGGUAUCCAUAUUCUACAGUUGUUUCCUUCGGAGGCUGUGGAGACAAUUUCAUGCUUGUUGUCCUCGUCUCUUCAACACUCAACAAUACAAAUAAAACUAAUAAACUUAUAUUUUCAACAACUAAAGUUAAGAUUCUUGAGUUGACUGUUGUGAUCGCGGAUUACAUGAACGCCCUUGGUCAGAUAAUUCCAAUAUCUAGACCCAAAUCCAGAUCUGUUUCUCAAAGUCGACCUUCAGCGCCAUCUACACCUAAACUACAAAGAGACAGAUGCCUUGAAAGAAACAGUAGUUCAGUUGACACUAUUAAAGGGAAAAGAAGUAAGUCUGCGGGAAGAAGAGAAUAUAAAUCUUGAAGAAAAUUAUUGUUAAAUAUUUUCUAUUUAAAACGUUUAAAUAUUUUGCUUUGUUUGGUCAAUUUUUUACUUUUGUUGUAAAGGAAUUGACAAUGUAAAAAUUCAACUUUUGAUCUGAUUAAUAACAAAUAUUGACAGUGAUUGGAGACUGAAUAAUAACGAAACACACCAAAUAAAAUUUAUUUUCAUUUUA